UAAAUUUUUUUUUUAAAAAAACCAAAUCAAUUGCGGUUGCGGCAAUCGAUUCCGAUCAAAUCGAGGGUUUGGGAAGCGAGAUCGCCGGUGACCGGGAAGAUGGACGCCGGCGGGGGCGGCGUCUUGGGCGCCGUGCUCUGCAUGCUCCUGGUCUUCGCCAUCUUCCCCCUCCUCCUCUGGCGCCGCCGCUCCGAUGCCGCCGACAACCACCGCCUCCCGCCCCAGCCGCUCCAGGAGGACCAGGUGCUGCACGGUCGCGCUGCGGCGCGCCGCAUGCGUCGGAGGCCGGGAGCAGCCUCCUCUUCUGCCGCAUCAACCAGCCGCGAUGUUCCAGAAGACGAUGAGGAGGGCGACGACGAGGAGGUCCCGGACGUUCCCAGAUCCUCGAAGAAGAAGGAGAAGAAAAGGCAAGAGCGGGAGGCGCAGCGUCAGGCUGAAGAUGCUGCACGGGAUUCUAGGAGGAAUAAACAAGACCGGUAUGAGGAAAUGAGGAGGAGGAAGGAUGAGGAGCGUGAGGCACAGGAGAGACUACUGGAAGAAGAAGCUAGAACAAGGAAAGCAAAGGAGGAGGAGGCCGCUGCUCUAGAGUUUGAGAAAUGGAAAGGGGCCUUUUCUGUUGAUGCUGAAGGUACAACAGAGAGUGAGACGCAAGAUGAUGGUCAGGCUUUGCUCCACAACUUUGUGGAAUACAUCAAGAAGCAGAAGUGUGUUCCCCUUGAGGACCUGGCGGCAGAGUUCAGGAUGAGAACCCAGGAUUGCAUCAACCGGAUCGUGACUCUGGAAAGCAUGGAUAGGUUAUCUGGUGUGAUGGAUGACCGUGGGAAGUUCAUCUACAUAUCCACCGAGGAGAUGAAGGCUGUUGCAGAGUACAUCAGGAAACAGGGGAGAGUGAGCAUAUCGCAUCUGGCCAACAACUCAAACCAAUUUAUCGACUUGGAGCCAAAGGCCCAGUAUGAGGAGGAGAGCCAUCAAGAUGACAGUGCUGCAGUGGACACGGAGCCAUGAGAGAGGUCGUUGGCGUGGCAACAUACAGGAUACUCCUUUGAAAAAACAUACUGCCACUCUCUUGUUUCUGUGCUCAGAGAUGUUUGUAGUGAUUUCAAAGCUGCGCCAACAUGGGUUGCCUUGGAUAAUUGGGAGGUGUAGUAAGCAAGUCACUGGUCAUAUAUAGUAGUAUGAUACAUGUGCUGACAUGCUAAAUAUCAUCAUAUCAUGUAGAAGAGAGAAGCUGAAUGUUUGAAUUGGUGUGGACCAGAGAUGUUAUCAAGUAAUAUGAAAAUCGAGCUUGGGUAGAGAGAGACUCUGCGCCUGGCGUUCAUGUC